AUGGCAGUAGUUACUGAUAAAAAGACUGAUGAUUUGAGAAUUAUCUAUGAUUCUGAUGACGAAGAUGGCGGUGAAGACAUCGGUACUACUUUCACUACUCUCGAUAUUAUUCGUAUGUUAGCGGGUUUAAUAAUUGCAUGGUGUGUAGUGAGUAGGUCAUUUACCAAUCAUUGGUUCUACAUCCCGGGUCAAAAUUCGGUUAAGAAAGCUUCUAAAGUAUCACCAGAGAUCCCUACCUAUUGGUCAACUCAAGAAUUACCCGUUUCAUUUACACUGGAGCAGUUGUCACAGUAUACAGGUCAAGGCGAAUCAGGAAGAAUACUACUUAGUGUUAAGGGGCAUGUAUUCGAUGUUACUGAAGGAGAAUCGUUUUAUGGUAAAUGGGGAGCAUAUAGGAAAUUUGCAGGUACCGAUUGUUCCAAUUUAUUCGGCUAUCACAUGUGGGAUGUUUCAGCACUUGGUAGGAAAUGUAAUCAUGAUUUAAGUGGUUUAUCGGAGCAAGAAAUGUCAAGGGUUAAUUCUUGGUUAGAAUAUUUUAAAGGGAAGUAUCCAGAGGUUGGAUACCUCGAAGAAGAUCAAUGA